UAUUAAUUUCUUGUUAUUUAUAGAUUUGAUUUUAGAUGAUACGUAAGCAGUUGGUUAAUAGUUUACUAUCUCGCAGUAUGUCAGGAACAGCAGGUUUGCCACUGAAAAAAGUUGUCGAAGCAUUGAACAAUUUUGCUAAUACGUCACUAGCAGCGUCAUGGGACAACGUGGGUCUGCUUAUUGAACCAACAGAGCCAAAAAAUGUAUCACGUAUUCUACUUACUAAUGAUUUGACUGAAAAAGUUAUGCAAGAAGCUGUGGAUCUCAAUACUGAUCUCAUUGUUUCUUACCAUCCUCCAAUAUUUGCACCGCUGAAACGACUUACUACCAAUGCAUGGAAGGAACGUAUUGCUUUGAAAUGUAUAGAGAAUAAAAUAGCUCUCUAUUCUCCGCAUACAAGCUUUGAUUCAGUUCGCGGAGGAGUGAACGACUGGCUAGCUGGUGCAUUUGAUAUAGAAACAAGCGUUCCGAUAGAACGUGAUUCUGUUAAUCCAGACUAUGGAAUGGGUAGACUCUGUACUCUAACCAGUCCUAUUACUGAUCAGGAAGCAGUGAAUCUUGUCAAGCGUCGAAUUGAUAUUUCUUACGUCCGGCUAGCACGUGUCCACAGUCCAGACAAAUUAAUAAACACGGUAGCAGUUUGUGCCGGAUCAGGAGCCUCAGUUUUAAAGGGUGUAAAAGCAGAUCUUUUUGUUACCGGCGAGAUGUUACAUCACGAUAUUUUGGAGGCUGUACAAAAUGACACCGUAGUGAUUCUCACCAACCAUUCAGAUUCUGAGCGGGGUUUCUUAAAAGAAUUCGCUGUUAUCUUAAACAAAUCACUUGACAAUUGUGUUGAUGUAAAUGUAUCCAAGAUGGACACUGAUCCACUUAUGACUGUUUAACAUCAAUAAACAUGAUGUCAUGCCUAUAAAAAAAUAUAUAUCGUUUUAAUUUAAAGUAACAACAACAAUAAUACUAUUUCUCAAUAAUUUCCUAAUCUCCAAA